AAGAAAAGCAUGAUGGAGCAUUUCUACCUCUCCCUUCUUCUUCUCUUUGUUUCUUUCGUGUCUCUUUCCCUGUUCUUCCUUUUCUACAAGCACAGGUCUCCUUUCACAACCCCAAACUUGCCACCGGGAAAAAUGGGGUACCCGGUGAUCGGUGAAAGCCUCGAGUUUCUGUCCACAGGAUGGAAAGGAAAUCCUGAAAAGUUCAUUUUCGACCGUAUGAUCAAGUAUUCCUCUGAACUGUUCAAGACAUCAAUACUUGGGGAACCGGCAGUUAUAUUCUGUGGAGCCACAUGCAACAAGUUCUUGUUUACUAAUGAGAACAAGCUUGUGACUGCAUGGUGGCCUGAUAGUGUAAACAAGGUUUUCCCAACGUCGCUUCAAACUAGCUCUAAGGAAGAAGCUGUAAAGAUGAGGAAAAUGCUUCCUCUGUUCUUCAAGCCUGAAGCUCUUCAGCGAUACGUUGGUAUCAUGGAUACCAUUGCAGAGAGACACUUUGCUUCUUGCUGGGAGAACAAGACGGAAGUCACCGUCUACCCCUUGGCCAAGAGGUAUACGUUCUUGUUGGCAUGUCGUUUGUUCAUGAGCGUUGAGGACGUGAACCAUGUAGCAAGAUUCGCCGACCCAUUCCAUUUGAUAGCAUCUGGAAUCAUAUCAAUGCCAAUUGAUUUGCCCGGAACACCAUUCAACAAAGCAAUAAGGGCAGCAAAGGUGAUAAGGAAGGAGCUAUUGGAGAUCAUAAGGAAGAGGAAGGUGGAUUUGGCUGAAGGGAAUGCAUCCCCAACACAAGACAUAUUGUCUCAUAUGUUGUUGACUUGCAAUGAGAAUGGACAGUUUAUGAAUGAAAUGGAUAUUGCUGAUAAGAUUCUUGGUCUUUUGAUCGGAGGCCAUGACACUGCUAGUGCCGCAUGCACUUUCAUUGUCAAAUACCUUGCUGAGCUUCCCAACAUUUAUGAUAGAGUCUAUCAGGAGCAAAUGGAAAUUGCACAAUCAAAAUCUCGAGGAGAGUUGUUGAAUUGGGAUGACGUCAAUAAGAUGAGAUACUCAUGGAACGUUGCUUGUGAAGUAAUGAGACUUGCUCCUCCUCUUCAAGGAGCUUUCAGAGAAGCCAUCAAUGACUUUAUCUUUAAUGGGUUCUCAAUUCCAAAGGGAUGGAAGUUGUAUUGGAGUGCAAAUUCAACACAUAAGAAUCCAGAAUAUUUCCCAGCCCCGGAGAAAUUUGACCCAAGUAGAUUUGAAGGAAAUGGACCAGCUCCUUACACUUUUGUUCCAUUCGGUGGAGGGCCAAGAAUGUGCCCCGGAAAAGAGUAUGCCCGAUUGGAAAUACUAGUUUUUAUGCACAAUUUAGUGAAAAGGUUCAAAUGGGAAAAAAUGAUUCCAGAUGAGAAGAUUAUUGUUGAUCCAUUGCCCAUGCCUGCAAAGGACCUCCCAAUUCGCCUUUAUCCUCACAAAGCUUAAAAAGAG